CGCAUACUUCCCUUGCUUGACCGACCGGUCAGGUGGUCAUUCUGCUGCGCCUGCAAGAGAUAUAGAGAGAGAAGCCUAAAAAACGGAAGAUAGAAAGUCGUCUACCCGUCUUCCUGGUCUCGUCGAUUACAAUGGCAGUUCACAGCGGCAGUUUCCUCCCCAACCCACGGAUUCUACCAGCCAAAUCUGGGUUUCCGUCGCUCCAUUUCUGUAGAAACAGGUGGACUAGUACUACUAAUCUCACCGGUACAGGUACUACUAGUGCUAGUAUUUCUAUAUCAGGUAGCAGAAGAAAUUCAGCAGGAGGAGCAUGGGUUCGAGUGUCCGCUUUGGACCGUAGCAACAGCGGCAGCAGCAAUUACGUGGUCCCACUCGACGCCUCCUCCUGUAUCACUCGCCCUCUCGCCGAGAUCCUCCGAGACCUCAACAAGAGGAUACCCGAUAACAUCAUUAUCAACACCAACACUACCUUCAUCCCCUGGUAUCACGCCAACCGUAUGUUGAGCUUCUACGCCCCAGGUUGGUGUGGGGAAGUACGUGAUGUUAUUUUCUCUGACAAUGGAAGUGUGACUGUCGUAUACCGUGUGACCAUAAGAGGUUCUGAUGGGGAGGCACACCGCGAAUCAAGUGGGACAGUAUCGUCUGGCAGCAGUCUAGAUCCUGUUGCUGCUGCAGAGGAGAUAGCUUUUUGCAGAGCAUGUGCUCGGUUUGGCCUUGGCUUGUAUCUCUAUCAUGAUGAAUAGAUGCUGUAUCUUCAGAAUAGAUGGUAUUGGCUUGUAUCUAUAUCACAAUGAUUAGAUGCUGUAUCUUUAAAAAAAAGCAAGGGGUUUGAUUUUCCAAAGGUUGUUUUCUUGAGAAAAGUUGUUUGUGCACUGUAACUGAUAAAUCAAGUGAUAUCUAUGACUAUCCCGUUCUUCCCGUGA